AUGUCUUAUUCAGACGGGGCAACAAUACCCCAGGGUGAAGCCUCCUUAAGCCUAUUGACUGGGCUUCCUGGAGGAACACGCCAGAUCAGAUAUACCAAUAUGAAGGACCUCAGGGCAGCAGUGGAGGAGUGCUAUAAAGAUGAUCAGAGCCCUUUUCUCGUAGUAGUAGACGUGCCUCCAAGUAUACUCGACGACUUCGAUUCCGAGUACCUCGAUAAAGGCCCUCGAAUUACGGCCAAUCUACCAGAAAGACUGCUAAUUAUCAAAACAAUGGCGAAGCCUGGUCAUGAAUCUGUCGCGAGCGAUCUGAUAUUCUACAUCAGGGUUGGGGUCCUAGAAAUGGGCCUUCCAGACAGGCUGGCUGAUACUCGCAGCAGCCGAGUCACCAGCAAGACCGGAAGAUUCGUCAAGGAGCCAGACGGUAGCCUCAGACCACUCCAUCACGAAUGGCCGACAGUAGUCGUAGAGACUGGGCUAUUGGAAACGGGGAGGAAGCUAUCCAUGGAUGCUAGGGGGUGGCUGGAGACAGAUGGGUCAGAGACCCGAGUGGUUGUCACCGCAAACAUCGACCGGAAAGCCCCCUGUAUCAUUUUCCAUAAGUGGGCAAGGAAGGCUGACCGAGGAAUUGCUUCCAUUGUCGAAGAAAUCAUUGCAACUCGCAAGGAGGAUACCACCGAAGUCACUGGCGACAUGACCUUGACUUUUGAGGAGGUCGUCGGCCGGCAAAGAAACGAGAUUAACGAAAGGGACGUCAUUAUCACAAAGGCUGACUUUAGAGAAAUCUGCCAGGAUGCUUGGGCAAUGCAAGACUUCCUAUGA